UGAGAUUUUUCGAUAAAAGUCCAGCUCUCUACUUAAAACCCUAACCCUAAAAUUCGAAACCCUUGAAAUCGAGCUCCAUUUCCGUUGCAUGAUCGCUUGCGGCGACAAUGGCGGCCAUGUUCUCGGGUAUCAAUGUCAACCAGAUUGCUAUGGUUUUUGCUAAGCAGUACUAUGGGAUAAUACAUGAUAAUCCACAAGUUGGGUAUCAGUUCUAUACUGAUGCGAGUACGAUGAUUCGAGUCGAUGGAAGCAAAGAGAAAUUCGUUGCUUCGAUAAUGAAUAUUCACAAUCUUCUUUUGGAUCUGAACUUUGAGACAAUUGAGAUCAAGAAUGUAAAUGGUCUAAGCUCUUGGUCUGGAGGUGUUCUCGUUAUGGUUUCUGGUUUCGUGCAAAUGAAGGAUUGUGGUGGCAGGAGGAAAUUUUCACAGACCUUUUUCCUUGCUCCACAAGAAAAAGGAUACUUUGUGCUCAAUGACAUUUUUCACCUGCUUGAUGAGGAAACAACAGUGCAUCCCCCUGCUACUAUGAUGGGACAUAACAAUUAUGAUAAUAGCUGUAAUGUGGCCAAUCAUCAUAUGCAAAAUCCUGGUUUUGGAUACACGGGCGGAGAAGGAAUCCAGACUAGAGACUAUGUUUCUCCUGUCAAUGUUGUUGAAGAAGAGUUGCAGGCUAGGGAGUAUGUGGCUCCGCUUCAUGCAGAGGAGACCAACACAGUUGAUAAAUAUAGCAUACCAGAACCUCAGUAUGUUAUGCCUGAACCUCAUUACAGCUUAUCUGAACAUCAAUACAACAUAGCUGAACCUCAGCAAAUUUCUGAAGCUGGGAAACUAGAUGAAAUUCCUGCAGAAGAGCCUAUUGCUUCUUUUCCAAACACAGCUACUCUGGUGCGAGACCCACCUGCACCUGCAGAACCUCUAGGAGAAAGGCCAAAGCAAAGCUAUGCUUCCAUCUUACGGCAUGCAAAAGGACAAGCUAGCAACUCCAUGCCUCGUGCUGCUCCAGUGAGCAAAAUCAACCCCGUGGUAUCAGACACACAAGUGGCAACUUCCCAGCAGUCUUAUCCUGCAAUUCCUGUGCAGCCUGAAAAUUCCAGCUGGGAAGCAGUGGAGGAAGUCACGACAGUAGAGGAUGAAGGUGAAGUCAAAUCUGUUUAUGUGGGAAACUUGUCAUCUUCUGUUUCUGCCUCUGAUCUUGAGAAUGAGUUCAAAAACUUUGGAAGAAUUAGGGAAAAUGGGGUUACUGUCAGGAGUCGCAAGGAUUCCGGUGGUUUCUAUGCUUUUGUUGAAUUUGAGGAUGCUGCCAGCGUUCAGACUGCACUCCAGGCAUCCCCAAUAUUGGUGAAUGGACGACAAAUAUAUGUCGAAGAAAGGAGACCUAAUAGCGGCAUAUCUCGCAUGGGAGGAGGAAGAAGAGGGAGAGGACGAGGCGGAUAUCAACAAUCAGACGUGCCCAGGGGUCGUUUCGGUGGCCGAGGUUACUUCAGGAGCAGCGGAAGUGACUUCCACGACCGGGAGUAUAACGGCGGUCGUUCAAGAGGAAAUGGAUUUCCCCAGAGGGUCCCACGCCAGGAGAGGGGCAUUCUCGGAAACCAUGCGAUGAGGAAUGGGCAGUACCCGUCAGAAUCAGCGGACUAGUUAUCCGUCAUUUUCAUUGGACGUUUCAGUUGCCCCUGCAAAAGAUACUAGUAUCAGAUUAUCGACAUAUAAUUUUGGCCAGUGUUUUGUUUUUUAGUACAUUAGGUUGGGGGCAAUUUCAAGAUUUUCCAAAAGGAAUACAGCUGGUUGAAUUAGUAUGAGUUUUGACAUGGUGCUAUGUCUUUUGACAGUCUCUGGAUGCAAUGAAGAGCAUUUGGAGAGCGCUUUCUCUUGGUUUUUACUAAAAAAGUCUUUAUCCUUUGUGUUGCGCCA